CGCAGUGAUGACGCCACAGCGCUGACGCUGGAGGAUGGCCGCGGCGGCCGUGGCCGCAAGACGGUCGGCUAAGCCGCCGAGACGCCGAAGAGCCCGCCGCUCGCGCGAGGUGUAGACGGGGCACUGCCUGCUGAGCAGGUCCUGCCAGCCUCGCUGGAGAGAUGCUCCCUUGUCCGUGAUGGGCUGUGGGACAAGCAAGGUCCUUCCUGAGCCACCUAAGGAUGUCCAGCUGGAUCUGGUCAAGAAGGUGGAGUCCGUCACUGAUAUGAAGGAUGAUGUGUACAAGUACUUCAUCACAGAGGUGGACAGUGUUAGCCCUGUUAAAGCUGAGUUCCCAGUUGCCAGUCAGUAUGCACACCCCUGCCAUGGUGCCCCCACUAUUGGUCACACAGAACCUCCUUCAAUACCACCACGCAGGGCCAGGGUGGCUAAGUACAGGGCCAAGUUUGACCCACGUGUGACAGCUAAAUAUGACAUUAAAGCCCUGAUUGGCCGAGGCAGCUUUAGCCGAGUAGUUCGUGUGGAGCAUCGGGCAACCCGACAGCCAUAUGCCAUCAAGAUGAUUGAGACCAAGUACCGAGAGGGGCGGGAGGUAUGUGAGUCUGAGCUGCGGGUUCUGCGCAGGGUGCGCCAUGCAAAUAUCAUCCAGUUGGUAGAGGUGUUUGAGACACAGGAGCGUGUGUACAUGGUGAUGGAGCUGGCCACUGGUGGUGAGCUCUUUGACCGCAUUAUUGCAAAGGGUUCGUUCACUGAGCGGGAUGCCACAAGAGUUCUGCAGAUGGUACUGGAUGGGGUUCGGUACCUACAUGCCCUGGGCAUCACACACCGAGACCUCAAGCCUGAGAAUCUGCUCUACUACCACCCAGGCACUGACUCCAAGAUCAUCAUCACUGACUUCGGCCUAGCCAGUGCCCGAAAGAAAGGUGAUGACUGCCUGAUGAAGACCACCUGUGGUACACCGGAGUACAUUGCUCCUGAGGUCUUGGUCCGCAAGCCCUACACCAACUCUGUGGACAUGUGGGCGCUGGGUGUCAUUGCCUACAUCCUGCUCAGUGGCACCAUGCCUUUUGAAGAUGACAACCGAACUCGGCUAUACCGGCAGAUCCUCAGGGGCAAGUACAGUUACUUGGGGGAGCCCUGGCCCAGUGUGUCCAACCUGGCCAAAGAUUUCAUUGACCGCCUGCUGACAGUGGAUCCUGGAGCCCGAAUGACUGCUUUACAGGCCCUGAGGCACCCAUGGGUGGUGAGCAUGGCAGCAUCUUCAUCUAUGAAGAAUCUGCACCGAUCCAUCUCCCAGAACCUCCUCAAGCGUGCUUCCUCCCGCUGCCAGAGCACCAAAUCUGCCCAGUCCACACGUUCCAGCCGCUCUACACGUUCCAACAAGUCUCGCCGUGUGCGGGAGCGCGAGCUACGGGAGCUCAACCUGCGCUAUCAGCAGCAGUAUAAUGGCUGAGCCACUAGCUCUGACUGUGGCAUGCCAUGGUUCCAGCCUGGCCACCUUCGGCUGUGCCACCUGGGUCUAACUAAUACCUUCUCUAGUGCUAGGCCCCAUGUCUAGUGGUACUUAGAGAAUGUCAGGCCUCAGCCCCUUCUCUUUGCCUUUAGCAGCCUCUGUCCUCACCAGGGGCCUGUGACGCCCACUACCACCUGAACUGAGAACCUGACCUGGCACUGCUAUCCCUUUUGAAAGGCAGUGCUCUGUAUGAGUUGGGGAAAAGAUCAAGACCUGGCCUUCCCUGACCCCAUUAUCCUGUGACUUUUCCAGACCAAAGGGGCCCACAGUGCUGGGUAGAGGGAGUCCUAUGACCCAGGACCAUUUGGGACAGUUAAUUCCACAACCCCCUGUCCCCCAAGAAUCUUCUUCCCUAGCUUCUUACCCAUGCUAUCCUGAUCUUCAAGAUUAUGCUGCAAAUGGGAGGCCUAACUUUGACCUUAGAUAGACUGCAGGCCCCAGAUAUCUUGACUGGACCCUUUGCCCCUAGUUAGAUCCAAGCAGCCCCCACCUCCCAGCCAAAAUCUGUCAUCCUUCAUGGCGCCACCAAGGACCCUUCCUAUCCCCAAGACAUUCCAGGACCUCUGGUGGUAGGAGGACUGUGAUAGGGACCUUAACUGUGCUGGUGGCAGAUUUUCCCUAGUCUCCAGUACCUCUGACUAUGACAGGGUUCCUGCCCAACCCCUCUGACUAUGACAAGGCUCCUGACCACAACUCUCAGUGCCUUAUUUGCAGAGCCCACUGUUGCCUCCUCUCUUCCUUGGAUGCCCAUUCCAUUCCCUAGGUGCCUCCUUCCCAACUAUGGGGUGUUAAAGGGAGCCCCACUGCUGCUACCUGGGGUCUAGGGUUACCUGAGCCAAGGCAGAGGGCUCUCUCCUAGGAUCCCAUUGUCAGCCCUGGUUCCAUGCAUUUUGGUAACUGCCAUUGCCCCUUCCCUUCAGAUGCCACCAUGCCCUCCCCUACCGCUUCAUGAAGGCGCCAUCUAGUGUCUUGUCUGGGUAUUGGGAGUCUGGAGGUGAUCGAUGCACAUCCCUCUUUCACACACUCAGUCCUCCAAAGGGAAGUAGAAAGGAAGGAGUUGCUACAUUGGGGGAGGGUCCUGAUCUGCUCAUUUCUCCUUCUGCUCAUUUCUGUGCACCUCUCUCUGGAACUUAGCCAUACUGUGUUACCUGCCUCUGAACCCUGGGCGCCUGGGGUACUAGCCUUGCUGUGAGAGGUAGCCUUGCCCUGUCCACCCUUGUGUCUACUUCCUUUCACAGCAUUAACUUUCCAGUUUGGGUCCUACUGGAUCUCAGGCUGGAGGGAGACCUUGUGGGAGAUAGGUGAGGUUGACAGCUGCUUUCUCAGAGGACUGAGCCAGAACCACAUCCCCAUAGCUGUCAUGGUGUCUCAUCACCACAAAGCAAGCUGAAACUCAAGCUCUUUCCUACUACAGCUGCUUUUCAUGGGUCAGAAGGGGCAAGGGCCCAGCUUGGGCCUUAGCUACACUGCAGGACCCCUGUCAGUAGGAAGAGUUUGACCCCCUCACUCAGUUCCUCCUAGUGGGCAGUCCUGGCUAGACCCACUCCUUUCUACAUGUGCCACCUCCAGUGGAAAAUCAAAGAGACCACCUGUGCCAAGUUGGCUGUGCUUUAUACACUUCCUCCUCCUGUCUCCACAACUCCCUGGGUAGGAGGCAGUAGAAAACCUAAGCCUCACAGCCUCAGAAUUUCCCCCCAGUUCCCCAAGUGGCUCUGGGGACCUGAAACCCUGGGGGAUUUAUUUCCUGUCUUGCCCAGGGUGGACUGGUCCUGAGGGUAGAACAGAGGGAGUUUGGUGUCUUGGGCCUUUGAUAGGCUCACUGGGCCUUCAUGCCAUGGACCAUAGAUGAGAAUGUGCAUUUAUUUAUUUUGUGUACUCAAUUUGUAAAUGUAUCUUCUAUAUUCAAUAAACAGACUGCCCUUCUCAGGGAAGGCUGCCCAUUUGUUCUGAUGGCCCUGGCUCUGUGCCAUGGGAUUAAGGGGUUGCCCCAGCCUGAGCUGGCUACUAUAGGACGAUCCUGACUCCUCAGCCUGACAGAGUCCAAGUUGAGGUAGGACCCUCCAGAGCUUUUCCUUUCCCCUGAGUCAGAAUGACAGGCACCAAAUACAUGAAAGGACAAAGCCUGUGGUCUUUAUUGGAUUGGGAUGGGGAGGAAGUCUGUGGUAA